CUCUCUCACAUACACACACGCACAUUCCAAUCAUAGAUUCUAUCGCAUUACGAAAAUCAUCAGCUCUCAGCCUUUGCUGUGAUUUGCAAUUGAGAUCGACGCCGAUACAUACGUGUAGCUAUAAUCUCAACACCCGGCGAUCCGCUCCUCCAUGGGUUGCGCUUCGUCAGCUCCAGCUAGAAGUGCUGGGCAGAUCGGGGGUGUUAACAUCGAUAAUGGUGGGGCGAAUGACCCGAAGAACCUGAAAGUUAAGUUGGUGCUGUUAGGUGAUUCCGGUGUUGGGAAAAGUUGCAUUGUUCUUCGAUUUGUUCGUGGCCAGUUCGAUCCAACGUCCAAGGUCACCAUCGGAGCAUCCUUUUUGUCUCAGACUAUAGCCUUACAGGAUUCUACUACUGUGAAAUUUGAAAUUUGGGACACUGCAGGGCAAGAAAGGUAUGCAGCUCUGGCACCGCUGUAUUACAGAGGAGCUGCGGUUUCCAUCAUUGUUUACGAUAUAACUAGUCCAGAAUCAUUUCACAAGGCCCAGUAUUGGGUCAAGGAAUUACAAAAACACGGUAGUCCGGAUAUAGUCAUGGCUUUAGUUGGCAACAAAGCAGAUCUAAAUGAAAAACGAGAAGUACCAACUCAGGAUGGAAUUGAUUAUGCGGAGAAGAAUGGAAUGUAUUUUAUUGAGACAUCUGCAAAGACGGCAGACAACAUAAACCAGCUCUUUGAGGAAAUCGCCAAGAGGCUACCGCGUCCAGCUCCUCCCUCGUGACUCUUUAGAUCACAGAAUCCAAUUAUAUGCAACGCGGGUGGGGUACCUCCAUUCGCCUUGCAUUUAAAUGUAUAUUCUAACUGUUGUUUUUGUUGUACACGCAUUCUUGUUGACUAGCAAAACCGCGACUCCUUAUAUUUAUGACUGUUACGAUGGAUGUAUAAUAUAACGACCUUUUACA